ACGGAGGAGGCCCCAGCUCCCAAGGGGCUAAGAAGCUGGAGCAUUGGUGAGGUGGGAGGAGCUGAGUCAGACUCUUGUACGAUCCCCUCCACGCCCCCACCCCCAGGAAGCAUGAACAGGAAAGACAGCAAGAGGGGGCAGACGGUUUGCAGGUUAAGGGCCUAUCGCCUGGCUGAGCCAGCAGGAAGUCCCACCAGGAAUGCCAGGGGAAGACAGGAGGGCGGGGCCGGCCCCGACAGGCCCGCCGCCACAAGACAUGCCCCACCCCCCGGGAAAUCAGCAAGGUCAUGGCUGCUAUGGCUCUGGACAUGCUGAAUGAGGGUGGCUGCAGUGAAGAUGAGCUGCUGGAGAAAUGCAUUCAGUCCUUUGACUCGGCUGGCAGCCUGCGCCGCGGGGAUCACAUUCUCAACAUGGUACUGGCCAUGCACAGCUGGGUGUUGCCUUCUGCUGACCUUGCUGCCCGUCUGCUGACCUUGUACCGGGAAGCCACAGGAAACACGCAGGAGCUGAGGCAGCUGCAGAUCUGUCACCUGGUCAGGUACUGGCUGACCCAACAUCCUGAGACAGUGCACCAGGAUCCCCAGUUAGAAGAGGUUAUAGGUCGCUUCUGGGCCACGGUGAAGCAGGAGGGCAACUCGGCCCAGAGGAGCCUGGGAGGUUCCUCCAACCUCCUGAGCCCAGGUGGCCCUGGCCCCCCACCCUCCAUGAGCAGCCCAGGCCUGGGCAAAAAAUGCAAAGUGUCCUUGCUUUUCGACCACCUGGAGGCAGGGGAGCUGGCUCAGCAUCUCACUUACCUGGAGUUCCGGUCCUUCCAAACUGUCACGCCCCAGGACCUGCGGGACUACGUUUUGCAGGGCUCCGUGAGGGGCUGCCCGGCCCUAGAGGGAUCCGUGGGUCUCAGCAACAGCGUGUCCCGCUGGGUGCAGGUUAUGGUGCUGAGCCGUCCGGGCCCCACACAGCGCGCACAAGUGCUUGACAAGUUCAUCCACGUGGCACAGAAGCUCCACCAGCUGCAGAAUUUCAACACGCUGAUGGCAGUCACAGGGGGCUUGUGCCAUAGUGCUAUCUCCAGGCUCAAGGACUCCCACGCCCAUCUGAGCCCUGACAGCACCAAGGCCCUACUGGAACUGACUGAGCUCCUCGCUGCCCACAACAACUACGCCUCUUACCGCCGCACCUGGGCUGGCUGCACAGGCUUCCGGCUGCCUGUGCUGGGUGUGCACCUCAAGGACCUGGUGUCCUUGCACGAGGCACAGCCCUACAGGUUGCCUGAUGGCCGACUACACCUUCCCAAGCUCAACAGCCUCUACCUGCGGCUGCAGGAGCUGGCAGCCCUCCAGAAGCAGCAACCCCCCUGUAGUGCCAAUGAGGAUCUGCUGCACCUACUCACGCUUUCCCUGGAUCUCUUCUACACGGAGGACGAGAUCUAUGAGCUUUCCUACACCCGGGAGCCCCGCUGUCCCAAGAGUCUGCCACCCUCCCCCUUCAAAGCGCCGCUGGUGGUGGACUGGGCCGCUGGCGUGACACCCAAGCCCGACAGGGCCACCCUGGGUCGGCAUGUGGAACAGCUGGUGGAGUCUGUGUUCAAGAAUUAUGACCCUGAAGGUCGAGGAACUAUCUCUCAGGAGGACUUUGAGCGACUCUCAGGCAACUUCCCCUUUGCCUGCCAUGGGCUUCACCCACCCCCCCGCCAGGGAAGUGGCUCCUUCAGCCGAGAGGAGCUAACAGGAUACCUGCUCCGGGCCAGCGCCAUCUGCUCCAAGCUGGGCCUGUCCUUCCUACACACCUUCCAGGAGGUCACCUUCCGCAAGCCCACCUUCUGUAACAGCUGUAGUGGCUUCCUCUGGGGUGUCACCAAGCAAGGCUACCGCUGUCGGGACUGUGGACUGUGUUGCCACAAACACUGCAGAGACCGAGUGAAGGACGAGUGUAAGAGGCCAGGGGCCAAGGGAGAUGUGAGCCCCCCAGGAGCCCCUGUCCCGCCUACAGAAAUAUCCCAUGAUGCCAGCUGUGGCUCUGAGGAUAGUCUCUCCUAUACACUCACCUUGGAACCUAAGACGGGGUGCCACCUUCGCCAUGCUUGGACCCAGACAGAGAACCCACACCCUUCCUGGGAUUCAGAGACGGUCCCCCUUCCAGCAACAGCCUCGCCACCCAACCAGUCCUCCAAGUUGAAUUCCUAGACAUCUCUUGGUCUCUUCCCUUGCUCCCCUCCCCCACAGCUGGUCCCAAGUCAUUAUUCGGCCUCCAGCAGAACCCCCAAAGGCAUCGCCUCCUUCGCAUCUAUACUGCUUUCCUGGAAACAUCCAUCAACUUACCCUGAGAGCAAGUUAUUUACUUAUUUUGCAUUAGAGUAGCUAUUAAUCAUAUUCCUUUUUCCUGUACUUAGUAAUUGUGCAGCUGUGUGUUAGAUACAUUUAGACUUAGGCAUUAUCUCACCAACUCUCCAUUUUACAGAUGAGGAAACUCGGACUCAGUUGAGGUUAAGCUGCUCACCGAAGGUAGCAGGGCUCCUAAGUGUUGGAGGCAGGACUCAAUCCCAGGUCUUCUGUCUGCUUCUAAAAUGGAAGCGCCUGACCGAUGUACUAUACUAACAGUCAGAGUGGGUCAGGUGGGGGUGGAGGGAGGGUGGGCAGAGUUCCAAACUCGGGUUCCAGAGAUGGCUAGAAAAGGGGUGGAACUGGGAAGCCUGUGAGAACACCUGAGUCAGAUCACAUGGCUCCAUCUCACUCAGGGUAAAAGUCAAGAGUCCUCCCUCACUGGCCCAUUCCAUUCAAUCUACCGGUGACCUCUCUGGCAUCACCUCCCACCACUCCACCCCUCAUUUAUCCUGCUUCAGCUAUGCUGGCCUGGACAUGCCCAAAAUACUCCUACCUCAGGACAUUUGCACUGGCCGUUCCCUCUGCCUGGAACACUUCCCCGGAGGCCCAUAUGACGCCUUCUUUCUUGGGAUUUAGCUCAUGUCACCUCAGUGAGGCCUCCUCUGACCAUAUUCAAAGUUGCAGUCUCCCCACGGUCCCAUCCUGCUUUCCUGCUUUAUUUUCCUCCAAAGUCCUUUCCCCAUCUGGCAAAAUAUACAUUUUAUCUAUUUCUCUUAUUGAAUAUCUGCCCCUCCUCAUCAGAAAUGUCAACUUCAGGAGAGCAGGGGUUUUAUUAUCUACAUCUUUCAUUGCAGUAUCCCUAGGGCCUAGAACAAGGCUGGCACAUGGUGGGUAGUGAUGUUUACCCAAUGCCUGCAUGUCUCAUUCCCAUGCCCACAGGAAGGGAAAGAUGCGUUGUUGUUAAAGAGCAAAGGACUUUGGG